AUGGUACUCCAACUAGCACAAGCAGAAUUGAAGAAGUAUAUGCAUUAUGAGGAGGAGUUCUGGAGACAGAAAUCUCAUUUUACUUGCUUCUCUGAGGGGGAUAGGAAUACAAGGUUUUUCCACAAUAUGGUAAAUGGUAGAAGGAAGAGACUGCAGGUCAAAAGGAUGAAAAAGCAAGAUAGAAGUUGGAUUGAGGGGGAAAAUGCUCUAGCUGAGGAAGCAACUCAAUUUUAUCAUCAUCAGUUUACACAGGAGGAUAUCUCCUCAGGAGAAAAUCAGAUACUUAUGAGCAUGCCAACUCUAGAAGAUGUUAAGAAUGCAGUGUUUGAUCUAUCAGGAGAUAGCUCAGGUGGUCCAGAUGGUAUGCUAGGAGUAUUUUAUCAAGUAUGCUGGGAAAUUGUGAGGGCUGAUGUGUAUAAUGUAGUGAAAGUCUUCUUUGAAGGACAAACUUUACCAAAGUCCAUAACUCAUACAAAUCUGGUUCUGAUCCCAAAGAGGAAUAAUGUUGAGACCUUUGCAGAUAUGAGGCCCAUAAGUCUCAGUAAUUUUAUUAACAAAGUGAUUUCUAGAGUGGUGCAAAAUAAACUUGAAAAGGUUUUGCCUUCUUUGAUAUCUGCUAAUCAGUCUGGUUUUGUAAAGGGAAGAUGUAUCAUUGAGAAUGUACUGUUAACACAAGAGGUGGUUUCAGAUAUAAGACUUAGGGGAAAACCAGCUAAUGUGGCUUCUGGAUUUUUCCAUUCAACAAGAGGUGUUAAGCAAGGAGAUCCACUCUCUCCUGCUUUGUUUAUUUUGUCUGCAGAAGAGUAUGAGCAGAUGUCAGGGCAGUUUAUCAAUAGAGGAAAAAGUUCCUUCUACAUGCAUAGUUGCCCAAUCACACAUGCAAGAAAGAGAAAGGCUGAUUAUAGUGACUUGAUCAAAAAAGUGAAGGACAAACUGGCAGCUUGGAAAGGAAGACUUUUAUCUUUUGGAGGAAAAGCUGUUUUGAUUAGCAGUGUUUUACUGAGUAUGCCAAUUCACCUACUCUCAGCUAUCAGACCUCCAAAGGGUGUUAUAUAUGACCUGCAUAGGGUGUUUGCAAGAUUUUACUGGAAUAAUAGUGAAGAAGGAAGAAAAAGACAUUGGUCUUCAUGGAUGAAUCUGUGCUUGCCAAAGGAGGAAGGUGGAGUUGGCUUCAGAUCCUUAUUUGAUGUUUCUAAAGCAUUAUGUGAUAAACUUUGGUGGAAAUUUAGAACUACAAAUACUCUAUGGUCAAAUUAUAUGUGGAACAAGUAUUGUAAAAGGCACUACCCUCAGUAUGUGCCUUGGAAAGGAGGCUCUCAGGUCUGGAAAAUGAUGUUAGAAGCUAGAGACAACAUGGAGCAUGAAAUGUGGUGGGAGCCAAGAAGUGGAACUGCCAAUAUCUGGUUUGAUAAUUGGACAAAACUUGGAGCUUUAUACUACUUAGUUCCUAAUGAUUUUAUUGUGGAUGAAACAGUACAAGAAUUAGACUUUUAUGAAUCUACAGAAGAAUGGGAUAAACCAAGGUGGAUGAUGACAACAUCUGGUUUGCCUUUCAAAAUCUCAUUCUUUUUCUGGAGAUUGUGGAAAUGCAAACUACCAGUAGGGGAUAUAGUGAGAAGGAUUGGGAUUGAUACAGAAGGAAAAUGCUAUUAUUGUGAUCCUAAACAAUGUGAAACUGUAGAUCAUCUAUUUGUCACAGGGAAAAUUGCUUCACAGGUCUGGAGAUAUGUUAAACCUGCUGUAGGAAUCACAACAACUAUGCUUCAGGUGAAACAAGUGAUACAGAGCCAUUCCAGUGAUCACAAUGUGGCAAAUAUAGAAGUAGAGAAACACUAUGGUGCAUGGAGGGAAGAUGACAAUCAAUAA